AUGUCCCAGCAAUAUCUUCUCGCGUUUUUCACUCCAUUUUGCACGUUCCUGCUCCCUCGCCUGGUUAUGCUCGUUUUUUCAUUUCUUUCCCCAGCUGCUCAGGUGAAAAACAAACCACCUCUUACACCUUUCCUGGCGGGGAGCAGCGCGCCUCUCCCGUACCGUUAUUAUUGGGGAGAUUAUAUUGCCUUAUCCUAUUGUUGGGGAUCGGAGGAGAACUACCGCAACAUUUAUGUCAACGGUAAACUAAAGAGAGUGACGAAAAACCUGUGGCAAGCCUUGCACUGUCUUCGCAGCGCCUUCUACGACCACCAUGGGACGACACACUUGAAGAUCUGGGCUAAUGCUUUGUGCAUCAACCAAGCUGAUAACGAGGAGCGAAACCAUCAAGUCCGGCUGAUGCGUUCGAUCUAUGCAAACUCACGACUUGUGAUCGCUUGGCUAGGCCCAGAGGCUGGUGGAAGUGGAUACGCGUUCGAUUGCAUGCGUGCUUUAUCUAAACAAUAUUCUACCACUCGAUCAUUGGUAGAGUCUUCUGACACAGCAUUUACCAACGAGUUCGUCAAAGCCAUGUUUCGUCUCGCAGCAAGAGAAUAUUGGCGAAGACUGUGGAUCAUUCAGGAGGUAGCGCUGGGCGAUCUUGUGCUUCUGUGUGGAUCCUAUUAUUGUUCCUGGGAAACGCUUGCCUUGGUGGAGCGAGCAAUCGGCAGAGCCUGUCAGACGUCGGAGGUAUUUUCAUCUCGUCUGAAAACGCAGCUCAAAGCGACCAAAAGCAGCAUCUCCGAUCUAAAUGUGAUCAUGAGACUGGAACGAUGCCGAGAGGCUAUGAGAGAACGAGGAGAGAUGGACAUAGUAUGGUUGAUGAGGAUGGGCCAAGUUGCGAAAGUGGGUGACGAUCGAGACCGAGUUUACGGUUUGCUGGGUCUCAUGGGGGAGAAAAUGAGUCUGAAUAUUAUUCCAGACUACAACCUGAGGGCCAAGGAAACUUACGCAGCAUUCACAAAAUCCUUCGUCCACACCAAACAAAGCCUUGAGAUCCUGAGGCUGGCUGGCCUAACCGGAAAUCCUGCGUCCUGGAACACAUGGGUUCCUUCGUUCCAUCGACAGGGUUCAACAAACCCGUUUGAUCCGCCGAAGAAUCUCAGCAGACUAGAUGGGGCACUUGCAUGUCGUGGAAUAUCUUUUGACAUUGUGGAUGGAGUCGGCGUAACGCACCGCCGAGAACGGUUAGUCUGGAUGUCAACAAGUGCGGGCGAUGUUGUUCCUGCACAGCCAAGAUCAGAUCAAAAUGCCUACGCUGGCACCGAGGGAGCUGCAACUGCCCUCUGGAAGACUUUGACUGCUAAUAGAGAUGUAAAUGGUGAAGCCGCCCCUGGAUCAUAUGCCGAGCUCCUGCGGCCAAUUUCCGAGUCUUCUCACGGCUCCUUGCUCUAUAUUACUGAGUUUAUUUCCAGCAAUGCCGAACUCAGGGUCUUCGGUAGACGCCUAUGGGAUUACUUCAAUUUUGAAGAGGCUACCCCAGAUAGCAGACGCCGCUCGUCGUACUGCGAUGUUGCAAAUCAAGCCAGAAGAUGUCUUGAAUCGAGGAAACUGAUCACAACUGCGAAUGGACAUUUGGCUUUGGCGCCAAUUCACACGAAACGAGGGGACGUAAUCAGUAUUUUAUUCGGAUGCAGCACGCCGAUGGUACUUCGACCGGUUGGAAGCCAUCAUCAGUUGAUUGGAGAGGCUUACGUUCAUGGGAUCAUGAGUGGUGAAGGUACUGUGGAUUACUUGAGGGACAGGCAGAAAUCUGAAAUGUUUCGUCUUUGUUAG